AUGCACGAUGACGCAUUGAAAACAAAUGAUGAAACAACAGAGAAAAGGAAAACGAUGAAAGCUGGUCAACUAAUUUGGAUGGAAACAUUCAUUCGAUUCACCCUACGAGGCGAAGGGCGAACUGUAGCGGUCGGCAAAGUUCUCAAAAUAAUCGAAUUUUGUCCUCUGUUUCUCAUGUUAUUUUCACGUUUACUAGUUCCACGAAUAAAACUGAAUGUUGCUUGUCGACCGAAGUCCAUAGAGAGAAAUCUAGUUGAUGAGUUGAAUCAAAUCAAAUCCAAAGAUCUUGCGAAAAUACUCAAUGAACAGCAAGCAAAGGAUUUUCUGCAGCUGAGACGAUCGCUAGGUGGCAAAUUCCAAUCACUACAGCAAUUUCAAAAGGAAUCCAAAAUUCAAAUUGAUUUUGAUAAAUUCUUUGGUUAUUUGUGUUCGUUGAAAGAUCGCAGCGAAAAUCAACAACAUCGAAUUCAUGUUGAACCUCGUCUGACGACACAACUGACUGCUGACAUUGAAAGCGUCUGUAGUGUUGACUUCACUUCGUCAUAUAUCAAUUGGGCAAUUGUCAGUACAGGAAGACAAGAUAAUAAUCGUUUUGCGGUCAAACAGUUGAGUUCAAUAGAAGUUGAUCUGUAUGGAAAGUACAAUUUCAUCAAAACAUUCAAUAAAUUAUCCGAAAGUCUUUCGAAAGUUCCGUUGAACGACGCGAACGUUAUUCUUGUUGAACAAGCAACAUAUCGUUAUUCGAAUAUGAAAAUAGCAACAUAUGUCUCGCAAUUACAACAAAUCCGUGCUGUACUGAAUACAAUACUGCAUAGUCAGAUGUUAUCUAAACAACCCGUUUAUCAUAUAUCCGGAAGAGAUGUUGCAGCACAUUUUGGAUUAUUUAUUGGCAAUGAACAGUCUAGCGCCGAGUUUUUUCUCACGAAUCUAAUUUUCAAUAAUACAGAUGAGAAACAAAAACUAUUACUAGAUGUGGAUCAUCAGUUAAAAACAAGUUAUCACGGAUCAACGAAAGGACAAAAAGAACCGAUGGCACAAUGUUUAUUGAGAGCAGUGGCAUUUCUUCAAUGUGUGAAUGAGAAGAAAAGCUUGUCUCUGCAUAAAAACUAA